AUGCCUCCUCCACCACCACCACCACCACCUCCUCCUCCUGGAGGAUUUGGGGGUCCACCUCCACCACCGCCGCCAGGAGGAGCUCCAGGAGCUAUGCCAUCUAGACCACCUGCGAAAGUUGCUGCCAAUAGAGGCGCACUUUUGUCGGAUAUCACGAAGGGAAGAGCACUCAAAAAAGCUGUAACGAACGAUCGAUCGGCACCGAUAGUAGGCAAAGUAUCUAAUGGUUCUGGACCGGCGCCAAUAGGAGGUGCUCCACCAGUACCGGGAAUGGCAAAACCUCCCAGUGGGUUUGGCGCACCGCCAGUACCAGGAGGAAAUAGAGCUCGAAGUGAUAGUAACCAAGGAAGCAAUAAUGCAGUCUCGGGGAUGGAACAAGCUCCACAGCUAGGAGGAAUAUUCGCAGGUGGCAUGCCCAAGUUGAAGAAACGAGGUGGAGGAGUGGAUACUGGCGCAAACCGCGACUCAUCGACUGUAUCAGAACCAGAAUUCUCUGCUCCCAGACCGCCAGGUAUAGCUGCUCCCAGACCUCCAACAAACGCAGCUCCGCCUUUACCAUCAAUUAGGCCUCCUCCUCAGCCCAGCGCUAGUUCUCCCGCAUUUGCGCCCUCUGUUGCGAAUCUGAGAAAGACCGGCGGGCCAUCUAUUUCUCGUCCUGCAUCCUCAGCCUCUCUCAAAGGGCCCCCACCCCCUAUUGGCAAAAAACCUCCACCACCCCCCGGAACUCGAAAGCCAUCAUCAGCGUUAUCAGGCCCACCACCGCCGCCUCCAGCAUUCGCCCCUCCACCUCCUUCUUCAGCACCUCCGCCACCUGUUGCACCACCACCACCUUCCCCAGCUCCACGCCCUCCCAGUAACCCACCUCGAUCACAUGCACCUCCACCACCACCACCAACAUCUCCACCUUCGACUAACGGUGGUAACCAAAGUCUUGCUAUGCAAGCAGCAAUUCGUGCUGCUGGUCAAGCAUCACCAAUGAGUGCACCUCCACCUCCUCCAUCUAAUGGGCCUCCCUCUUUAUUGUCACACAGAGCACCAUCUCCACCCGCUGCACCCCCAGCGGCACCAAUAUCAAGAAGUCAAAGUCAACAACAAGGAAGAACUCACACAAUGGAUUCUAGUUCUUACACCCUCUCAUCAAAUGGCAGUUUACCGCAAGCCUCUAGUUCUAGCCGAAGAAUCAUAAUCAAUGAUCCUCGAUGGAAAUUUACAGAUGAAUCGGUAUUCCCAAAACCUCGAGAUUUUAUUGGUGGGCCCAAAAAAUACCGGGCUGGUCGUGGAAGUAGUGUUCCGUUGGAUCUGAGUGCUUUCCAUUAA